CCGCCAAAAUGAACCGUGCCGCGGAAAUCGUCAAGAAACGACUCUCGGAAGAUUCUGGAAAGAUCAUCCUUUUCGAACUUUUCGACGCCAGUCAAUUCAUACUGACCAGAAUGUGCGAAGCUCACGGUUGGGAAUACGUCCAGUACACAACCUCAGCAGGGGAUGACAAUGCUAGGAAAAGAGCCGACAGUAUGUUCAAAAAUAAUCCUUCCGUAAGAAUCAUGAUCGCCUCGACAAAAAUGGGAAGUCAGGGUUUCAAUUGGCAUAUGGCAAAUACGGUCGUGUUUUUGACCCUCGACCACACUCCGGGCGUGGUGGAUCAAUGCAUAAAAAGAGCUGCCAGAUUUCCCAACAGUAGGGACGUCCAUGUUUUCACGACAAGGGCCCAGGAGUCGAUCGACACGCAUAUCGAGCAAGAUAUUUGUGCGCCAAAACGGGAGCAAAAUCAAAAACUACUGAUGAGCAGUAAACUGGAGGGCUUCGCAACUUUCGACGAGAUCUCUUCGAUGGACGCGAAACAAAUCGUAUCGAUGUUGGAUUCUAAAGAGAUGCCAGACCGGGGACAUACAACGCUAUGGGCUCCGGGUGUACUUCAAUGAAUCAAGGCAUGCAGGAUUAGAUACCAGUAUUGGUAGUUUAGGAUUCUUGCAUUUCUUGAACUUCCUUCUAGCUAGAAGAAUACUGAACACUUGCAACCUGCUAGACUUGCUCAUAGCAAGAGCU